UUUUUAUUGAAAUUUCAAUGGCCUAUAGAUCAUCGGCAAGUGGUUUAAGUGUAACUGUCCUAGCUAAGCAAACUAACAAAUACAACCCACAUGAAGCUGAACUUCUUUUAUUAUGGAUAAAAGAGUUGCUUGGCGGAAAAUUUAACACAAGCGGUGAACGUGAAAAUUUUCAUACUGUUCUUAAGGAUGGGCAAAUUCUAUGCAAAUUAGCCAACGAAAUUCAACCUGAUGCAAUUCCAAAUAUACAUCGACCAAGAAAGCUUGUUUGGGUUGGAGAAACACCUUUAACUACAAGGUUUGCUUGUAUGGAGAACAUAAACAGUUUCGUCGACUGGGCUAGAAAACAAGGAGUUUCAGAUCACGAAACAUUUCAAAGCUCGCGACUUAUAUUCUGUUUGUAUGACCCUUCACGCACUUGGAAGAAUUUUGGAAAAGCGCGGAAUGUCACACCCAAACCGUGUGAAAUGCGACGAGCAUUUAAAUCUACCUAUCAUAGAUGCGCAUACCCAAUUGCGAAUACCUGUUGUGCAGAUGCAACAAAAUGGCAGUUCAAACAAUGAGUUGCAUAUUGAACAA